GUCGGUCCCGCCCGCUCCUCAGCGCCGGUGCUGCGCCGCCGUUGGUCCCGGCCGGCGGCACGGGUUUGGUAGGAGUACCGAAUCUUCCCGUGGCUUUUGUGUGUGCGGCUGCGGAACAGCAGCUGCUGUUGGCAGAGGUGGACAACUGAUGGAACGUUCCACUAGGAAGGAUAAAACUGUUCUUUCAAGGUAGUUUGUGUGGACUAGACUGAGACCUGCACAGAAAAAUAUCUCAACCAACAGUGACUGGAACACUUGAGAACUCCUGAAUGAUUGCUUGAGGCCUUGGAGGGAAAACAUUAAGACUUUACAUUUCACAGUCAGCUCUCUUAAGCAGCUAUGGAAAUAGAAAAGGAACACAUUUAUAUUACCCCAACAGAACUUGAGAAUCUAAAUGAUGCUCCAUUUUCUGGUGAUGAAGAAAAUGGUGGGUCUGAGGAACGAAAAACUGAAAUCAAUGGAAAUUGGAUUCCUGCAACUUCGAUUACCGAAGCCAAAAUAAACGCUAAGGCAAAGAGAAGGUUGAGGAAAAACUCCUCUAGAGAUUCUGGGAGAGGAGACUCUGUCAGUGAGAAUGGAGAGACACUGAAGGUUGGAGUUGUACCAACGAGCCCAAAGGGGAAACUCCUGGACAGGCGAUCCCGCUCUGGAAAGGGGAGAGGUCUACCAAAGAAAGGUGGAGCAGGUGGUAAAGGAGUUUGGGGAACACCAGGUCAAGUGUAUGAUGUGGAAGAAGUGGAUAUUAAGGAUCCUAAUUAUGAUGAUGACCAGGAGAACUGUGUCUAUGAAACAGUAGUUUUACCUCUUGAUGAAAGAGCAUUUGAAAAAACUUUAACACCAAUCAUCCAGGAGUAUUUUGAACAUGGAGAUACCAACGAAGUUUCGGAGAUGUUGAAGAACUUAAACCUUGGUGAAAUGAAAUACAGUGUGCCAGUCCUGGCUGUUUCCCUGGCAUUAGAGGGGAAGGCCAGUCACAGGGAAAUGACAUCUAAGCUUAUCUCUGACCUUUGUGGGACAGUAGUAAGCAAAACUGAUGUGGAAAAAUCCUUUGAUAGACUGCUGAAAGAACUACCUGAAUUGGUGUUGGAUUCUCCCAGGGCACCACAGUUGGUGGGCCAGUUCAUUGCUAGAGCUGUUGGAGAUGGGAUCCUAAGCAGUACCUACAUAGAUGGCUACAAAGGCACUGUGGAUUGUGUCCAAGCAAGAGCUGCGCUGGACCGCGCCACGGUGCUGCUGAGCAUGAGCAAGGGGGGCAAGCGCAUCGACAGCGUCUGGGGGGCUGGAGGGGGCCAGCAGUCUGUCAAACACCUGGUCAAAGAGAUUGAUAUGUUGCUGAAAGAGUAUUUGCUUUCUGGAGAUGUAUUGGAAGCAGAACGCUGCCUUCAAGAACUGGAAGUACCCCAUUUUCACCAUGAACUUGUAUAUGAAGCCAUUGUACUGGUUUUGGAGUCAACUGGAGAAAAGACCUUUAAAAUGAUACUGGAUUUGCUGAAAACUCUGUGGAAGUCUUCUGUCAUUACUGUGGACCAAAUGAAAAGAGGCUAUGAACGGGUUUACUGUGAAAUCCCAGACAUUAACCUGGAUGUGCCACACUCCUAUUCUGUGCUGGAGCGCUUUGUGGAGGAAUGCUUCCAGGCUGGAAUCAUCUCCAAACCACUGAGAGACCUCUGCCCCUCCAGGGGCAGGAAGCGUUUUGUGAGUGAGGGAGAUGGAGGUCGUCUGAAGCUGGAAAGCUACUGAAAGUGACACCUGCCUCCUGCA